UGAUCAAAGUCUUCACAAUAGAAAAGUCAUAGUCGGUCAAAAUGGCGAAGAAAAAAGAAAGACUGAAACCCUCUGCCUUAAGUUUGUUUAUAUAUGUAUUCGUGCCUACAAGUGUUGUAACAUUAUCCAUCAUAUCAGACCCGAGGAUUGCUUCUAAAGUAGAAUACACAUCUGAUUGUAUUGAUGACUUGGGUACGACCAGAGCUCAUAACGAUGUAUGGGAGACAACUGGUGGAUGUGAUAGAAACAGGUGCUGGCAUGGUACACUCAAGAACUAUUUAAUCAAACACAGUUGUACAGAGAUAACAGAUAGUUAUAAUCCUGACAGCCCUAAUUGCCUACCUGUAGCAAAUACUACCCUGUCAUUUCCUGGAUGUUGUCCCGUACUGUCAUGUGCUACAGCCAGUCCAGUCACAACUAUCUCACCCACAGCGUGUUAUGACAGAUCGUCAGCCUUUGCCUGCUCUUUUUGGUACAAUAUGACUGGUGGUUGUCAGCCUGGUGUGGAUACUUACAAUGAUAGACUGUAUAACUAUACACUGAUAGGAUGCAGGCAACUUUGUGGGCACUGUUGAUCAUGACAGCCAGACAUAAUGGCAUUCCAAUCAUCUAGUUAAUUAUUUUUGUUAAUCACUGUGAUAUCUAUAUUUAUAUACAUGGGCUGGUCCCAUUUUUGUUUUUAAAAAUUUUAAUGCAUUUUGGUACAUACAUUUAAUUUUACACAUGCAUAUAUUCCGUCCUUCAGACAUUUCAAUGAUUGUAGCUGAUCUGUCCUAUAUCUGCUUGAUAUUGGUACAUUUUUCAGAUAACUAACAAAUAUAUAGACUUUAUAUUAUUGUCAAAUACAAUGUGGGUGGUUUUUUUUAAAAUGAUGACCAUAUUUUUAUUUGAAUAAAAAAAGAAGGUACAAUUUUGAGUACAUGUAUUUUAAUAAAACACUGCUCAUUUGGUUGAAAAUAUAUCCUUCUCAUGGGUUAUAUAGUUAUAUAAUGUAAGCUAAUUCAUUAAAAUGAUGAGAUUACACAAAAUCCUGACUUUUUGACCCUUAAAUGUUGUGAACUAAUAUAAAGCACAACCCGUGCUCCAAAGAGAUAUUCACACCUAUGUUGUUUUUUUUUCUAAACACUGGAAAAUCUCAAUUAUGACAUCAGAUUAAUAACAUCAGUCAAAGUGUGUCAGUAUGCCUUACCUCAUAAUUACAUUUUCUGAAAUCUUUUUUUCUGAAGUUUAAAAAAGUGAGACAAAUAAUAGCAUUGUGUUUUAUUUUUGGUAAAUUUUCAGAGGUAAAAUCCCCAAAUGUAUCUUCUCCUUUUAUGUUUGAAAAGUAAAAUAACAUUCUAGCACUUUUAAUUUGAUUUACAAAAUUAAUCAUAAGAAACAACUGAAAGUAAGUAAUUUCUAUCAAAAAUUUGGUAGAUAUAUUGUUUUUAUAAUUUUAAAAUAAAAGAUUUUAUACACCUUCA